AGGUGGGAGACGCCCUGGGCCAGACUAUUUCCCAUCAGGUUAGUUCUACGAAUGGGUGCAGAGUUCCGCUACUAUCCUUGCCCCUUGGUCUCUGUGCGGGAUCGACCGCCUCUGUACACAGAAAUUGGACACACCAUCAUUAACAUUCUAGCAGACUUCCGUAAAUAUUCCUAUUCUCUGCCAAGUGUAAGGGGCUUAGUGAUUCACAUGGAGGACAGGCAGACGACAAUAAAUAUCCCUCGCAACAGAUAUGAUCAGGUAAGUAACAAUCUAUUUGGUGCUAAACAGAUACUUAUUUUAGUUUUAUUUCUACAUGGCAUUUGUGGGUUUAAUGGACAGGAGCCAGUUUUGUGGUUGUUCAAUGGUGCAUUGAAGGGUGCGCUGGGCUUGCUGGCAAGGUCUCCAGAUCGUGGGAAGGAUGGCCUGAUGGUUGCAGGUAGCCCCCAGUGA